AUGGCAACGCCGGUCCAUCCGCUCGACGCUUGCCGCUGCUUCGAGCACGUGCUGGCUGCCGGCCUCGCCGUGACCUACCACGCGCCCGACGGCGAGCCGCAGCGUGGCAUGCUGCACCUGCGAGAGACAGACCUGGUCUGGACGACGACCGAGAUCCUGCCGUACUUUCAGGUGACGACGGCCGCCGCCGCCGUGGCCUCGAUCAGCAGCGUGCGUCCUGGACGACAGACGACCAAUUUUCUCCGCACGUCAAAGUACAUCAAGCCGCGUGAGUUGCCCGCGAGCGACGAGCGCUGCCUCUCGCUCCUGCUGCACACGAACAACGACGAGAUCGAGAGCUUCGACCUCGAGUUCAAGACGAGCCGGCUCGCGGACGACAUGCUCGCGUACGUUACGACCAAGUACAUGGUGCCCUCCGAGACGCUGGACCCGACGAGCGUGCCGCUGCCGACGGGCCACGUCGUCUUUUGCCAGCGCCUCUACACGCACCCGACGUUCGGCCACGGUAUUCUACUGUGCAUCGUCAUCAACAUUGCGACGCUGGCGCUCGAGUCCCCCGUCGAGACGAAUGCGUCACUGCUGCUGGCGCUCUCCAUCUUGGACGUGCUGCUCGCGGCCGUCUUUACGAUCGAGCAGGCCAUCAAGAUCGUGGCGCUCGAAGGCGUCCGGCCAUUGCUGCACGACAACUGGGACAUUGUCGAUUUUUGCCUCAUCGCGUCGUCCUGGCUCGGGUGUCUCCCUCUCUACAGCGCGUGGAACCUCAGUGCGUUCCGGAGCUUCCGCGCGCUGCGGUCGCUGCGCUUCUUCAAAGGGCUCUCGGAAUUCUUCGACGCGUUUCUCAAGACGCUGCCGAUGGUCGGGAACGCGCUCGUGUGCUUCGGGUACUUGCUCGUGCUCUUCGCGGUCCUGGGCAUGUACCUCUUUGACGAAGCGCUCUCGCACCGCUGCGCCGUCCUGAGCAACGGCCACUAUGUCGAGGUCAUGCCCACCAUGUUCUGCCGCCCCGAGGCCGACGCCGUCGCGACCUGUCUCCGCGGCCACGUCUGCCGGCCGAUGCAGAGCCCGAACGCAGGCUACACGGGCUUCCAUACGUUCGAAGCGGCGUUUCUGACCGUCUUUAUGAUUUCGUCCCGCGCCGGGUUCGGCUCGUCCUUCGAGGCGACGAUCCAGACCAAGUACUACUUUAGCGUCGUCUACUUUGUCGUGCUCAUCGUGUUCGUCUCGUACAUGAUCCCCGCGCUCUUCAUUGCGAUCGUGCGCCACAGCUUUCUCAAGAAGCCCCGCGAGGCAGAGGCGAGCCGCCUCGUCUCGUACAAGGCCAAGCGCCGGCCGCAAAUGCCGCCCGUCACGAGCGUCGUGCCCAACCUCGCGCAGUACGCGACCAAGCGCCUCGUGCAGCUGCUGCAGACGUUCCUGGACGCGCGCAACUACGAAGUCCGGAGCCUCGCGGCCAGCGACGAAGCCCACGCCCCCGCGUCCAGUAGCGACGUCGAGAAUGCGACGAGUAGCGUCGACGAAGAGAGCCCCGAGGUGCGGCUCGAAGCCAAUGCCGCGCCUGUCCGGCGCGCGCUGCGGCACCGACGGCCCGUGCGCGUGUUCUUCUUCUUCGCGAGCGACGGCCGCGUCGUCCGCGUCGGCCGCGCGAUCGGGCGCAGCGCGGCGUUCGAGCACAUUGUGAACGUGCUCAUCCUGCUCAACGCGUUGCUGCUCGCGAUGGAGAAGAGUCCGGACAAGUGGUACGACGACCAGCGCGUCUCGAUCGUCGACCACGGCUUUACACUCGUCUUUCUCUGCGAGUUUCUCCUGAGGAUUCUGACCAUGCACGGCCUCUGGCCGUACCUCCAGGACCCGUGGAACCGGUUUGACGGCGCCAUCGUCGUCGGCGCGGGUCUCAACUUGCUCUUCAAGUCAACCUCCAUCUAUGCGCCAGCACAGGAGCGCGUCGCGUUCCUCUUUCGCAUCUUUCGGCUGCUGCGGCCACUGAGCAUUCUUCGGCAGAGCAGCCCGCUGCUCAAGAUCGUGACAGCCAUCAUCUCGAGCCUCCCGUCGCUCUUCGACCUCGUGCUCUUCAUGCUCCUCGGCAACAUCGUUUUUGCGAUCCUCGGCAUGAACCUCUACGGCGGCAAAUUCCCCGACGGCUCCCGCAGCAAAUUUGAUACGUUUGCUGACGCGACACUCACGCUCUUCAAGAUCUCGAGCGGGCACGGGACGUGGGGCAUCUUUUACGCGGCGCUGCACACAUCCUCGAACGCCGUCACGACGACGUACUUUUUGAGCUACACGGUGUUUUCGGUCUACAUUACGCUCAACUUUAUGAUUGUGAUCCUCUUGCGCAAGUUUGCCUUGACGGACGACGAGAAGCGCACGCGCCUCGGGAAGCAGUUCCGCGACAGCCUCACGCGGACGCUCGCGGUCUUCCCGCGCCUCGACGAAGCGUCGUUUCUGCGGCAAUUUGCCAAGGAAUUUCCGUCAGAUGUGCAGUACAUGGGCUCGACGCAGUCUCCGUCGCCGCCGCCGUCCACGUCGUUCGUGCGGCGCAAGCUCUGCGCCGUCGUGCCGUGCGUCGUCGCCAAGGCCAAGCGCAUGGUGUUGCGCCCGUCCGCCGUGUACAGUGCCGUGCCGCAGCGGUCGCCGCCCAAGCCGCCGACGAGCGACUGGCUCUACAACGACGUGUCCUGCUUCCUCUUCGGACCCGACUCGGCCGUCCGGCGGAAAUGCAAAGAGCUCAAUUCGCGCACGGAAGCGUCCAUUUUUGUGUGCAUCGUCAUACGGAGCGCCCUCAUCACGCUGCAGAGCCCACUGUACAGCGGCACGAUCACGCAGUUCACGACGCUCGUCGAGUGGGUCUUCAUGUUUGUGCUCCUCUUUGAGUUUGUCAUCAAGAUCGUCGGGCACGGCUUCUUCUUCACGCCCAACGCGUACCUCAACGACAAGUGGAACCAGCUCAACAUCGUCGUGCUCAUGGCCUGCGUCCUCCUUCUGCUCAUCCCACACUCGGACCUGAGCGACUACUUUCACCUCGGCCGCGCCUUCGGCCCAGUCCGCGUCAUCCGUGGCGUCGAGGCGUUCCGCGUCAUCACCAACGCGCUCAUGUCAUCGCUGCUGCAAGUGUGCUACGGCAUCGUGCUCACGUGCUUCCUCUUCCUCGUCUUCGCGUGCGUCGGUCAGCAGCUUUUCGCCAACAAGUUCAAGGCCUGCUCUGACGCAAGCGCCGCGAUUCUCACGGCCAAAGACUGCGUCGGCGUCUAUUUCGAUGCAACGACGCUCCUGCUCAAGCCCCGCGUGUGGGGCAAUCCGAAUGGCAUGCACUUUGACGACCUCGGCGGCGCACUCGGCACACUCUUCUCGGUCGUCUCCAAGAAAGCGUGGAUCGCCGUCAUGUACCGCGCCAUGGACAUCGUCGGCGAAGGCUUCCAGCCGCGCGAGAACGCGUCGGGGUACUUUGCCUUCUUCUUUGUCGCGUUCGUCUUUAUCAGUCGCUUUUACCUCCUCCGCGUGUUUGCCGGCAUCAUUGUCAACAACUUUCGGUGCCACAACGGCACGAUCUUCCUCAGCAACAUGCAGCUCGUCUGGCUGCGCAACAAGAAGCGGAUCCUCGCGCUGCAGCCGCGCUUCCCCGAGCCGUCGACGACCACGAUGCAAGUGAUCCACACGUUCGUCAAGCACCGACUCUUCCGCGUGCUCUCGUCCAUCGCAGUCCUCACGCACGUCGUCGUCCUCGCCGCGUCCGGGCCGCACGCAUCGCACAUUUGGUUUGCGCACUACUUUUUCACGUGCCUCUACGGCACCGAGGCGGCGCUCGCGAUCCUCUCAACAGGCGCGCGCGAGUUCCUCACGCGCGGCAUGUCCUCGGAGGCGCUCAACGCCUUUCUCGUCAUCUGCAUGCUCAUGGGCCCCGUCUCGAGCACGUCGCCGGCCGUCCUCGUCAUCGGUGUGACGCGCGCGUUUGACUUUAACCACCUCACGCUCGUGCUGGAGCUGUUCCCGUACUUUCGCGGCUUGAGCUCGCUCUUCCAGACACUGCUCGAGAGCACGCGCGCCAUGGUCAAGCUCACGCUGCUCCUCGGCUACGUCAUGUUUAUCUACGCCAACCUGGGCAUGCAGCUCUUCUCGCUCACAAAGUGGGGCGACGGUCUCGAUGCCAACCUCAAUUUUUCCACCUUCCCGCGCGCCCUCACGGCCUUUAUCAAGUUUGCGGCCGGCGAAGAUUGGUCGGACGCGUACCGCGCGUGCAGCGUGACCAAGCCGCACUGCGUCUACCGCAACGCGCAGGGCCAGUCCGACUGCGGCUCCAAGUGGCUCUCGACGAUCUUCUACUACUCGUUUUUCGUGCUUGUGUUUUUGAUUCUGCAAAACUUUUUUGUCGCCGUCGUCCUCGACACGUACGUGAGCACGGCGGCGCUCGUGUCCGAGAGCGAGUCGCUGACCAAGAUCGGCUUCAACAUGGACCACCUCCAAGCCUUCCGCCUCACGUGGAGCCGCUUCGACCACCAAGCGCUCGGCUACCUCUCGAAACGCAAGCUGCUUCGGUUUCUCAAACUGCUCCGGCGCCCGCUCGGCCUCCAGUCGCCGACGCGCUGGCAGGCGUCGCCCGAGCAGCACCUCGGCGACCGCCUCGUCGACCGAGAGACGCACGAUGCAUACAUGGGGAUCGUUGCGCGCCUCGACGAGCUCACGUACCGCCGCCAGCUCACGCGAGGUCCUCGGUACCAAGACAACAUGAUUCGCUUCCGAGAUCUCCUCCUUGUGCUCACGCAGCGCAAUGUACCGGGCGAGAGCCUCACGGUCGGCGAGAAGGUCGUCGAGUUGGCAACACAGCAGUACAUUGCGCAGCACAAGGCCGCCGUGAUGAUCCAAAAGGUGUUCCGCGGAAGUCUCGUGGCCGCGCGCAAGAAGCGCAGUCGCACGCUCGGCGAGCGUCGCCGCCGGUCGUUCCACUACUACAAGGACGCUGCCCAGUGGCUGUCGUAG